CAUAUAAGUCAAUACUUUCGGCAUACAUAAGCUCGGACUCCUGUUUUGAAAUAAAAUUAUAAUCUUAUAAUUCACUGAAUUCCAGUUCAAGAGUCGUGUGAAAAUAAUUAGAUUUAAAAUGUUUCGAAAUCUUUGCAUGCUCCGCAAAAGCAUCCUAAUGUCUAGAAUUAUUUAUUCGACUUAUAAUUACCCAAUUAGAGCCAAUUUGAUCACCUACUCAAGACUUCGAUCGAAAGCAGCAGAGUCGGCUAACAGAAGUGGCGUUUCGGUAUCAGACAUCAAUGUAUACGACAUGGCCAAAGGAGAUGUGGAAUUUGCGCGCGAUUUUCUAACCUCGGCCCCAUCGCUUAAUAACGGCUCGUUCUCCCCCGUAUCAAUUGCAACAAGUGCUUUCAGCCCGGAACCAGCUGUCGGUGCAGGCUCGAACAUAGAAAUAGAAAUCGAGCCUGUAUCUGAAUCUCCAGAUUCUGGUAUCGGUAGUGCUAAUACUACCAUACUGGACAAGGACGGAUUGCCCAUUGUGCCAAUAGAAAUCGAUGGUUGGAAGAGCAGUGAGGAUGAUGACGAUGGGCCCACCGUCCAGAGCGUUUCGCAACACAUUGAAAUUGGAAACGAUAGCGAGUACAAAGCCGAUAAUAUGCUUGUGGUUCCCGAGAAACGAGAGGGCAGCUUCGAAUACAAGGGCAUUAAGGUAAAGCUUCCGGAAACGGCUCACAAGGAUAUUGGCACUUAUCGUUUCCGGCGCGACCCAGAGGACUUGGAGACUGUUGCGGAUGAUAUGCGUUUGGUAAAAUUUGAUAAGAAAUAAUCCCCAUGCUUUCAAGGGCCACCUGUAAUUUAAGUCGCUCAAAAGAUGUGCUCAGAAUGAUUAUGUCCUUGGGAUACUCAAAUUGUAUGGAAGGCGAAAAUAAUGUAUUUCCUAAU